UAUUAUUAGACUGACAUUGAGCUGUGUUUUUGAAAUCUGUUUUCCUUGUGUGAGUUGUAUAGAACAUGACCAAAAAUGGGGUUUGAUUUUUCACAUUGCUUCUGAAAGUUAAGCUCAUCCACUGACAUUGGAAAGUUGUUUUAUAUUUUAUGUAUGGCUAUAUAUUUUUUCUUUUUUUUAAUCAUACUGCUUUACUGCGGAAGUUUAGGACAAAUGUGAGAUGACAGGACUGUGAUGUAGGGCACGUCCUGCACUUUCACAAGGCUGGAAUGCCUUUCCCACAUAUUGAACUGUCACAGCAAUGAUCAGUAGCUCAGAAGGCCUCCUGCAUUCUUGACUGGCUGCCAAAACAAUUGCUUAAGUAAAUGUUUCCUGAUGUCCAUUGACCAUUAACACCCUCCGCAUGCAACUGGUUAUGAGCUGAGACUUUUCAAGAUCCUCUGCCUAUACUUAGGGAAAUCCACAAGGAAAAAAAAAAAAAAAAAGCUUUGCUGUUGUGACCCCUUUGGACUGGGGAGGGCAAAUUAGUCCCUUCAGAAGAAACAGAAGCACUUCUCUUCCAUCUAUUCUUGCAGAACACUGUGGGUCUCUGAACUGCCUAAGGUGUCCUUGAAUGAGAGAAGCAGGGAAUAGAAGAGGAGGAAGCAGAGGAGAGAAGAAACGUAAUUAAGAAAGGGCAAAGCACUCAGGACAGGGUUGCUCUUCUUUUGAUUCUUGGCUUGGCUGAUUCCUUCUCAUGGUUUACUGUACCUGUUCAGAUGCCACCUACUGGAGAGUUGUUGUGGGACCACCAUACAUAUGAGUUUGGCCUGUUCAAUCCAUGAGGUCAGGAUGCUGCUCCUCUGUCACGCUGUAGCUGUGGCUGUUGUCCACAUCUUUAUCUUCUCAGAAAACUGGGCAUCUGCCAAGAACAUCAACUUCUACAAUGUUAGGCCUCCUCUUGACCCAACACCAUUUCCAAAUAGCUUCAAGUGUUUUACCUGUGAAAAUGCAGGGGAUAAUUAUAACUGCAAUCGAUGGGCAGAAGACAAAUGGUGUCCACAAAAUACACAGUAUUGUUUGACAGUUCAUCAUUUCACCAGCCAUGGAAGAAGUACCUCCAUCACCAAAAAGUGUGCCUCCAAAAGUGAAUGUCAUUUUGUUGGGUGCCACCACAGCCAAGAUUCUGAACAUACGGAGUGUAGGUCUUGCUGUGAAGGAAUGAUUUGCAACGUGGAAUUGCCCACCAACCACACCAAUGCAGUCUUUGCUGUCAUGCAUGCUCAGAGGACAUCUGGCAGCAGUGCCACCACACCCUACCUUCCAGCACUUGCUUGGGUCUUCAUGCUUCCAUUGCUAUGAUGCCACCAUUGUUCAGAGAGGCAGAGACUAGCCCUCUAAAGCACAAGGCAAGAACAGCGUGAAUCCUGAACUUCGGAGUGAAGACACUCUUGUACCUGGUGAAGAGGGCACAUUGGAAGCCCAAAGCAGAGGCUUUGUUAAAAUGCUCCUGCAUGAGGUCCCAGCACUGAGGAUAGGGAUUUGGUAGGGACCAAGAGGACUGUAUAACUUUCAGACUUCCUGGUCAAGGGAGCUGUGUGCUGUAAAUUCUGCAGGGAUGAGCCUGCCAGUAUCUUUGAUGAGUUACAGUGGCCUGGCCAAUCCCAGCCGAUCAGGCCUUCAGCUGAAAGGACCUCCUGACCUCAUUGACACCCCUAGAGGCUGCUGGGUCAGAUCCUCUGGUGUCUGUCAUUAACUCAAAGUUUCUCUGUGAAAUCUAAUUCUUCUACCAAGAAAGCAGUUUCCCUACUCUGUUGUUUAGCUUUCUGUUACUUUAACAAAUGCCUGAGAUAAUCAGCUUUUAAAGAGGAAAGGUUUAUUUUGGUUCACAGUUUUGGAGGUUUCAUGUUCAUAAAUGAUUUGGCCUGUUGAUCUUGGGCUUGUGGUGAAGCAGCACAUUAUGGUGGGAGUGUGUGGCAAAGCAAAAAGCCACAUGUCUCAUGGUGGGGACAUGAAGGAGAGAGGUAGAGGGUCCUGAAGUCCUCUUUGAGGACAUACCCCAAGUGGCCUAAUACAAUAGGCCAUACAUCCCAAAGUCUCCAUCACCUCCUCAAAGCACCACAGGCUAGGGACCACGCCUUUAACACUUGGGCCCUCAGAGGACAUUCAGGGUCCAAGCUGCAGCACUCAGUAGUUGUCAAUGAGAAAGGCAACUGUAGGAAGAAAACUUCCAUUUGAAAUCAUAUGAAAUCCAUUUGCCAAUUGUGAAGUGGGAGGGGGGAAUAAAGCUGUUCAGUUUUACCAUGUAAAUGCAUGCUGUGUGUUUCUUGAUGGACUUGGAGGUGCACCAUGAGUGACAUAUGCUGGCCUGGAGAAUAAAAUUCUAUGCCAAAAUG